AGGGAGCCAGGUUAAAGGACAGCUAACUUCUAACAGUGAAAACUCUGGCUCUAGGCUCAACAUGCCUCGCUAAUUUUUUAAUCUUGCUUCACAGCACACCCCUCUGGUGGUUGGUUGGAGGAGAACGUUUGUGUCCAAGGAGAUAUACAUUUUUUAUUUUAUUUGAAUGUGUCAAACAGAAGUAUCGCGGCUAAAAGCGACGGAUUUUCCUGUUCUGCUGUGAAUACCGUAAAUGGGCGUGUCAACCGCGCAACAAAAAAAAACAUCACAACAAAAACAACGCAUCUGCUUCCGGUUUCUGGAUGUAGCUGUCAGAGUCCAGCAUCUUUUUAACGGGAAUCGCUUUAUCAGCAGCAUUAGUAUGAGCGAAGGAGAAGUGUUUCAUGAGAAGCAACGUUUGGAGCUGUGCGCGAUUCAUGCACUCAACAACGUGCUCCAGGAGCGGGUGUUCACCAAGGAGACGGCCGAUGACAUCUGCAAACGGCUAGCUCCACAGUGUGUGGUGAAUCCUCAUCGCUCAGUGUUGGGAACGGGAAACUACGAUGUCAAUGUCAUUAUGGCAGCACUACAGAGCAGGGAACUGGCUGCGGUGUGGUGGGACAAACGCAGAACAGUUCAGAGCCUUUGCAUGUCAAAAGUGCAAGGUUUUAUUCUCAACGUCCCAUCACGAGUAUCUCUGGGGAUCGUGUCCCUCCCGCUCCGACGGCGGCACUGGCUCGCGGUUCGGCAGGUUAAUGGACAGUACUACAACCUCGACUCCAAACUGAAGAGUCCUGUCUGUAUUGGGGGAGAAGCAGAACUACGCACAUUUCUCAGCGAGCAGCUUUCUCAGGAUGUGGCAGAGAUGCUCCUGGUUGUCCGGCGCGAGGUGGAGGAGGACGGCUCAUGGCUGAAUUCUGAUAACCCCAGGAAGUGAUGCCUUGGGACAGGACAUACCUUCAGAUAGCAUGAAAAAAAACUCUUCCAGGAAAAUGACAGACUUAAAACACCUCAAUACAGAAAACUCUUCAGGGAAUGAUGCACUAAAAUACGUUUAAUAUCUACACAGAGAAACACAGAGGAAAUUCCAAAGAAAAGCCGAGAUGGGUGUUUUACUCUUGAAAUGAGGAACUGUUUUGAUUGUAAAAGCUGUUGCUCUGAUGUGACCCGUGUAUCUGCUUUGUCUUGCUCGUGGUACCUUUGUUUUAACACUGGGAAGGUGCAUCUAAGCUAACAAAGUUUGAGACAAAUAUGGGCUGGUUUGAUGGUAGAACUUGAAUUAUUAUAUGACUGGGUGUGACUCACCAGUCCCAUUAUGUGGCUGAACUUUCACUGUUUUGUGGUAGGAAAAUUGCAGUGUUUGUGCAUGAAAAAACAUCUGCAAUAUGGAUAACUGGACCACUUUCAAUACAAAAACAUCUCCAAGAUGAAUUUGCCACGUAAGUUGCUGUCCCACAGUUUCAUGUUCAAGUGGCCAAAAUUAGUUCCAUGUGUACAAGGUGGUUUUGUCAAAAUCCAUCAGUUAUCAAGCAACAGCCGAGUGCACCAUCUCUUUCCAAGACCUUUUGUUGUAAACCUUCUAUGCACUGCAGUUAGAUUUGUUAGCACUAUUUGUGUGUAUGUGUGUGUGUUCAUACAGGCACAGGUACUGUAAAGGCAUCGCCUGGUGAGGCAUUGAAGGACUACCAGUGUCUUUUCAUGUUUUCGUCCAUUUACGACAACGUAGACAUUUUCAUGGUUUGCCACAUUUAUUAGAUUUUGUUAACGUGAUUUCCUUUUCCUUUCGUUUGGCAUCAGUACGAAAUUGCAGAGACUUGAAAUGACUGAGAUUGAUAAUCCAUCACGAUGAACACUUGAACCUGCUUUUGUUUAUGUCAGAGUUAUGUUAUUGUGUGAUAGUGCAGCUGAAUCCACACAGUAACAGAACUGAGCUUGUGGUAUUUGUCGUGAAUAUGUUUCAAGUCUCCAUGGUUACAUGGACGUCAGGAAAAUCACUUCAUUUUCAAUCUUAAAAUUAGAGGUAGCAGGGAUAUGAAGUGCACUAUUCUUGGUUAGUUGUAAAGGAGUCAAACAUGCAAAAACACUGGUUCUGUGACUGUAUGUAACCUUUAUGUUUGUAUUGUCUCCUAUUGAUCUAUGCAUAUCCAAAAGACUGACUUACUUACACAUAAACCUAAGCUCAAAGGCUCACAACAUUGAAGCUUAUUUAUAUUAAACUUUGACCUCCUGUUUUAAGUAUGAA